AUGAAAUUCCUUGCACUAACUCUUGAUUUCAGCAGAGGAAUGGUAUUGACAAAGGAAGUGAAUGAUGACAUUGGGAUUACAGGGACAAUAGAAUUUGAGGGAAUCAGCACAGAGAUAGCAGAGCUUGAAGCUAUAAUAGAUGAAAGUGGGGGUUCAAAUGAAAUCACAGCUACAAGUGGACCUGAUUCAAACAGAAGGAAAUCCAUAAUGGAAAGAUCUGUUGUAUGGGAUCAUUUCGAAAAGAUCUAUGGUCCUAACGAGGAACCGACUGUAAAAUGUAAGUACUGUGCUUUUCCAUAUCCAAAUUUUAAGAUUAAAAAUGGUACCUUGGGAUUGAAUGGUCAUAUGGGUAGGUGCUCGAAAUUUCCCCAUAAUGUUGAAACUAAUCAAAGGCUAUUAGGCUUUCAAAAAAUUCAAGGUGGUAAAAAGUCGAGUGAGGGAAUGCUUGUCCCUUGGAAAUUUGAUCAAGAAUUGUGUAGGGCUGCUUUAGCUAGGAUGAUAAUCGUUGACGAACUACCUUUUCGCUUUGGUUGA